AUGGAGACAGAGUGGUCAAACCAAACACUGGUGACCCACUUCAUUCUGGAGGGGCUGGCAAACACAUCGGAGUACCCCAUAUUAUUCUUCUUCCUCUUCCUCCUCAUCUACACCAUCACUGUGGUGGGGAACUUCUUCAUUCUGCUGACAGUGAGCUUGGAUCCUCACCUUCACUCCCCAAUGUACCACUUUCUGGGCCACUUGUCCUUCCUGGAUGCAUGUUUGUCCACAGUCACUGUGCCCAAAGUCUUGGCAGGACUCCUCACUCCAGAAGGAAAGGUAAUAUCCUUUGGGGGCUGUGCUGUACAGCUCUAUUCCUUUCAUUUCUUGGCCAGUACUGAAUGUUUUCUAUAUACUGUCAUGGCCUAUGACCGAUAUUUGGCCAUCAGUCAGCCCUUGAAAUACCCAGUUGUCAUGAAUCAGCAGGUGUGUGCAGGAUUAGCUGGGGCUACUUGGGCUACUGGUGCCAUACACUCUGCUAUCCACACUUCUCUCACCUUCCGCCUGCCCUACUGUGGGCCUUCCCAUGUUGACUAUUUCUUUUGUGACAUCCCCCCUGUUCUGAAGCUGGCUUGUACAGAGACUGCCCUCAAUGAACUAGUCAUGCUGGCUAACAUUGGCAUUGUUGCUACAGGCUGCCUACUCCUUAUCAUCAUCUCUUAUGUCUUCAUUGUGGCAUCUGUACUGAAAAUUCGUACUGCAGAUGGGCGCCGCAAUGCCUUUUCUACGUGCACAGCACACCUUACAGUGGUAUUCCUCUAUUAUAUGCCCCCCAUAUGCAUCUACAUUCAGCCUCGCUCUAGUGGGGCAGGGGUAGGAGCCCCAGCUGUCUUCUACACAAUUGUCACCCCCAUGCUUAACCCUUUCAUUUAUACCUUGAGAAAUAAGGAAGUGAAACGAGCUCUGAGAAGACUUCUGGGCCAUGGACCUAGAGAGUCAUGA